AUGGCUUUGACAUACAAGCAAUCACAACUGGUCAAGAGCACCAUCCCCGCUCUCCGCGAGCACGGAGAGACCAUCACUACCAUCUUUUAUGCAAACAUGCUUCGGGCUCAUCCGGAGCUGAACGACCACUUCAACAAAGUUAACCAGGCCAAUGGCCGUCAACCACGUGCCUUGACGGGCGUUAUCCUUGCCUUUGCUUCCAACCUCAACCACAUUAGCGAGCUCAUUCCCAAGCUCGAGCGCAUGUGCAACAAGCACUGCUCUCUCGGCAUCUUACCGGAACACUAUGAGAUCGUCGGAAAGUACCUCAUCCAGGCCUUUGGCCAAGUUCUCGGCCCCGUCAUGACGUCCGAGGUCCGCGAGGCCUGGACAAAAGCCUACUGGAUUCUCGCCAGAAUGCUUAUUGGCCGUGAGGCCCAGAUGUACCGCGAGUUCGAAGAAGACAAGUGGACGGGAUGGCGCAAGUUCCGCAUCGAGCGCAAGGUUGCCGAGACGGACGACAUCUUCUCAUACUACUUGGUCCCCGUCGACGGCAAACGCCUCCCCGAGUUCUACCCAGGCCAGUACAUCACCGUCCGCAUGACGGUCCCGACUCUCGGCCACCUGCAAUCCCGCCAGUACUCUCUCAGCGACUCCCCCCGACCCGACUACUACCGCAUCACCGUCAAGCGCGACCAAGGUGUCAAGGUCGGCAAAGGCAACGCCGUCUUCAACCUUAACCCCGGCGUCUUCUCCAACCUCCUCAUCGACGACAAGAAGCCCGGGGACAUCGUCGAGUUGACGCACCCCACUGGUGACUUCUUCUUCGACACCCACGCCGCCGGAACCCUACCGGUCGUUCUCAUCUCCGCCGGUGUCGGCGUCACCCCCCUCAUGUCCAUCUGCAACACGAUUAUCGAGCGCCAGGCCGUCCGCCCCAUCUCGUGGAUCCACUGCUCGGCCCGCAACGCCCCGUUCGAGGAGCACAUCCGCAAAAUCUCUUACAGCCGCGCCAACUUCAUCACCAAGUUCUUCCGCUCCCAGAUCGCUGAUGUCGAGGACGACGACUCACUCUCGUCGGCGAGCGAAUUCGGUCUGCGCAUGGAUCUUAGGCGGAUAGAACCCGAAGAGCUCUAUCUCGGUCACGGCGGCGCCGAAUACUACAUCUGCGGGCCGGAGAUCUUCAUGGAUGAGAUGUCUCAAUAUCUCCUCAACCAGGGAGUCGAUCCCGCGAGAGUUAAGUUCGAAAGAUUUACCACAGGUGACUUGGCUUGA